UGUGACCAUUCCCUAACACCAGGAUGGUAUCGCUUCAUGGUUUUUGAUAAGCCUGCUGAGAUGCCAACCAAAUGAAUCACUGUGGGACUCAAGCCCCUGUCUGGUUGUCUCUGAGGGACUCAGAAUCCAUGCCUCAACCUGGUGAGAUGAAACAGUUAACAGCUUGUGCUACAUGGCAGUUUUUCUCCAGCACUUCAAAAGACUGCUGUCUUUUCCGAAUCCCUGUCAGGGUGAGGAACUGCGGAGAUUUCUUUGUUUACUUACUGCAGCCCACCCAAGGAUGCAUGGGGUAUUGUGCAGAAGUUGUUUCAGAUGCAAGGCCACAGACCUGUGAUCCUGAGGGAAUGGGAAUUGAAGGCAUCUGUAGCAGUAACCUGGCUCCUACAUCAUCUCCGUCUGUGUCACCACCACUUCCAUCUGUUCCUGAAGUUGUAGCAGAGAUGAUCAAAGGCAGCAUCUACCUAAGGUGUACCUUUGACAUUCCUAUUGCAAACAGCUCUAUUGGAUUCAUUGUAACUUGGUCAAGACUUUCUCCUGAAGGUAUCAAGGAAGAACUUACACAUGAAACAGCAGUUCAUACCUUCUCACUUCUAGAACUAGAUGGGAUAAACGUCAGACUUGGAGACAGAGUCUACUGUAGCAGUUCUGCUUUUUUCAUGGAGAAGCCAGAUAUACAAAGCUCUUCAGUUGAGAGCAAGGAAUUUUUUGCUGGGAUUAAGAUACAUGCAGAAACAUAUGAUAUAUCAGAAGAUGGGAAGGAAUACAGACUGACAAUAGAAAGUAGCAUUCCUAUUCCUUGUCCUGAAUUUAGCCAGCUAGAAAGUGACUGCAAAAUCUCACUGACAUUAAAUAGUGUUGAUGAAGGUAAAGAGCAGUUAGGUCUAAACUUGGCUCUUUCUUCUUGUCAUGUGGAUCUUCUCCAGAAAUCUUGCAAUAAUGGAAUCUGUAGUCAAGCUGUAAUUUAUUUCACUGCUGUGACAGACUUCAUGCAGGAUGGAGACAGGAUUACCAGAAUUGCAGUCGAACCUAUAUCCAGUGAGAAUUUUCUGUGGAAUGGCUAUGUUCCAGAAAGCAUGCAGAUUACAGUUAGGGACCUACCCACUGCCUACUGCUACUCAUUUACUGACCCUCAUGUAAUUACAUUUGAUGGAAGAGUCUAUGACAAUUUUAAAACAGGAACAUUUGUUCUCUACAAGAGUACAUCUCGAGAUUUUGAAGUUCAUGUUCGCCAGUGGGACUGUGGAAGUCUUCACUACCCAGCAUCCUGCAACUGUGGCUUUGUUGCUAAGGAAGGAAGUGAUAUAAUUGCAUUUGACAUGUGCAGUGGUCAGCUCCAUGAAUCACAGCCACACUUAUCUGUAAUAAAUAGAGACACAACAGGAAGCAAUGUCAGAAUCACUGAGUCCUAUCAAGGAAGAAAAGUAACAGUUUUGUUUUCUUCUGGAGCUUUCGUUCGUGCUGAUGUGAGUGAAUGGGGAAUGAGCAUAACACUUAGGGCACCCAGUUCAGAUUACAGACAUACAGUGGGACUAUGUGGCACCUUUGAUGGAAAUGCAGAGAAUGACUAUCACACUGCCAGUGGCAUGGAAAUCCCAAACCAUGCUAAUAUUCCUUUUUCUUUUAUUAAGGAAUGGAGAAUUUUACCAGGAGAGAGCUUGUUUGACAAGACACCUGCUUCUUUAACAUCUUCUAGAAAAAUUGUCUUCUGUGACUGUGCACUUGAAGAUGCCAGAUUAUAUCAACCAGUGAACAAACUGGAGGUGGUUACUCAGUCAGAACUUCCUCUGCCUUGUAAAGAAAGUGAAAAUGGUAGAUUUCUUUCUUUGAUACCAGGACUGGAUGUCACUGAUGAAUAUCUUGGUCCUGCUGAUCUUGUCAGAGGCUUAAAGAAACGUUCAUCUACACAUGAAAUGGAUUCAUCUACACUUCUGCAGAGGCAGAAUAAUCAAACCAAACUUCACAAAACAUCACUAAUAAACUCGCGUCUCUCUGCCACCUCAGUGGGAAAUACCGGUACAGAAAGAGAAGGAAGUUCAAGCUUAGACAUUAGGAGAAAUUCACACCAUUACAGCAGUCAUAUUCACAAAAGUCAAUCUGCUGCAAGUAGAGGGAAGCGCCAAAAUUAUUAUGAAUACCAUCCGGUAUUCCUCUUCCAAAGUCUCAGCCAAACAGAUUUAGAGGGAUACAGUUAUUUUUUCCCAGAGGACCAUGCUACUGACACAGACCAAAAGUUCCUUCCUUCUUGGCCCACACCUUCAGGCCUCACUGAAUCUAGUGCUUUGUUCCUGUGCCAGCAGGCAGUAGCUAAUUCUAGCAUAGGAAGAUCUUGUGGUGCCCUCCUUGGCCGGCGAACAGGCGAUGCCAUCGAUAUGUGUGUUAAAGAUUUGCUGCUGAAAGAUGACCUCGGUUGGGCAGAAGCUUCCUUAGCUCUGUUGGAGAAUGAAUGUGAGAAAAGAAUUUUAGAAGAAAUAAAUUACAACCCACAGAAACUUGAAGAGUCGGUUGAGAGCCUACUUACUGCUUUAAAGUGUCCCAGUCUCUGCAGCGGUAAUGGGGAAUGUACAGAAUGGGGCUGUGCAUGUUUUCAAGGCUACAGCUCAUAUGACUGCAGAAUACUGUCUGACGAGGCUCCAGAAAUUACAGAGCUGGAGAAUGCUGGGCUGUGCGAUAUUCGGCAGUAUGACUGCACAUCAGUGAGAGCUUUUGGACAUGGCUUCAGGGACUCAUUGAACCUGAAAUGUGAAAUCAUCAAAUUGCAAUAUAGUGAUAGACAAUGGAUUCCUGGAGAACCUCUAACUAUGCCAGCUGCCUUCCAAAAUGCCAGGACUGUCGACUGCCAGUUACCAAAUGAUGGCCAGCAGUCUGAUGUCAUGGAGGUGGUUGAUGAUAAACCCAUUGCCAGAUGGCAAAUAAAGAUUUCUAAUGAUGGAUUUGUUUAUAGCAACUCUAAAACAAUGGUAUUAUAUGAUGGAGCCUGUCAGACAUGUGAACCACAAGAAUCUGGGUCAUGUACAUUAAAGGAGAAAACAUGCAACAUAGAUGGACUCUGUUAUGGUGAAGGAGACACAAAUCCAACCAGCCCUUGCUUACUGUGCAGACCUGACUUAUCAAAGCUAACGUGGUCAGUUGUUGAAAGUAACCAGCCUCCAGUGCUUGAAACUUUUCAGGGUAUGCUACAGACAUUUUAUGGAGAAGAUUUUGUAUAUCAGUUUUUGGCUUCAGAUCCAGAGGGCUCUGCUAUUCAUUUCACAUUGGAUUCUGGUCCAGAAGGUGCCAGUCUUUCUGCAUCAGGUCUCCUUUUGUGGAAAGCUGUGACAAUGAAUGUCCAUAAAUUAACAUUUUCUUUGACAGAUGACUGCAAUGCAACGACUAAGGUAGAAAUAGAGGUCAGUGUAAAAUCAUGUGAUUGCCUAAAUAAUGGCUCAUGUGUGACAAACAUUAAUUUCCCACCUGGAAGUGGAAGAUAUCUUUGUGUGUGUGUGGCUGGAUUUGAAGGUGAUCUCUGUGAAGUGAAUACUGAUGACUGUAAACUUAACCAGUGUGGUAUUGGCAGAUGUGUGGAUGGAGUAAACAGCUAUUACUGUGAAUGUCCACAUGAACUUCAAGGUAAAAAUUGUCAAGAGGAUGUAGAUGAGUGUGCAUCCAGUCCUUGCUUCCCUGGAGUAUUCUGCUUCAAUACUUUUGGUUCUUACUAUUGUGGUCCAUGCCCAAAUAAUCUGCAAGGAGAUGGGAAGUCAUGUCAUGAAAGCUUUGAUGAUGCUGAUGUUGGAAGGAAGGAUUCCACAGGAGAAAUUGGAGGGAAUAAAGGUUUUCAACCAUCAUCCUUUGAGAAGGUUCUAAGAAUGUCAAGUUAUAUUCCCAGUUCUACAGAUGUCCCAAAGAGAUUUAUUUCUACAGAAAUGGUCAGUAGCAGCAUGCCACCAGCCUCCAGAGUAAAAACAAUCACUGGCUGGAAGACACCUGAUUCUCAGAGAACUGCUUCUGUACAACCUGCUCUGAGCACCAUCAGUGGUCACCUUUCUGACAUGGAAAACAGUUCUUCGGUACAUGCUGUGAAGGCUGCCUCUUCAAGGAGCCGUGCUGUAUCACCUGAGAAGGAAACAAGAACACAAACUGAGGCCUUCAGCUAUUUUGAGAGCAACAGGAAGACUUCCCCUAGUAGCAGAGCAAGUAUAAGCAAAGGAUAUUCUUUGCCAAACAAAGCCUUCAAAGGUGGAAAUGCUCAGAGAGUUCUGCACCUAUUAGCUAAGCAUAAAGCUAGUCAUUUACCUUUUUCCCUUGUUGAAGUCACUGUCCCACCAAAAAUGUUUCCUGAAGAAUUGAGUGAAACAGUGAUUCCUAAAGCAGUGACCUGUUCUGAUUUACCUUGUUUUCCUGGUGUACCCUGUGAGCCAAGUCAAGAUGGAAGUGUCAAGUGUGGUCAUUGUCCUUAUGGUUAUUAUGGAGAUGGCUUCACUUGCAGAGCAAGAUGUAGACAACCUUGUGGCAAAAAUAUGGAGUGUGUGGCACCCAAUAUUUGUAAAUGCAAGCCUGGUUAUGCUGGUUAUAACUGUCAGGCUGGUGAGUAUGGCAUGUUAAUUUUGCCUUUGGUAACUCAUAUGCACAAAUUAAUAACUUGCAGAGUGCUGUUGAUUUUUUUGCCAGCUCUAUGCAGACCUGAUUGCAAAAACCAUGGGAAGUGCAUUAAGCCCAACAUCUGUGAGUGUUUACCAGGAUACAGUGGCUCCACUUGUGAGGAAGCACAUUGUAAACCACCGUGUCAAAAUGGAGGGACGUGCUUGGCCAGAAAUCUCUGCACCUGCCCAUAUGGUUUUGUGGGACCAAGAUGUGAUACAAUGGUUUGCAACAGGCACUGUGAAAAUGGUGGUGAAUGUCUCACCCCAGACGUCUGCCAGUGUAAACCUGGGUGGUACGGACCCACCUGCAGUACAGCAAUGUGUAAUCCUGUGUGUCUCAAUGGUGGUUCCUGUACUAAGCCAGAUGUUUGCCUGUGUCCACAUGGAUUCUUUGGUGCCCACUGUCAGAAUGCUGUCUGCAGCCCUCCGUGUAAGAAUGGUGGUCACUGCAUGAGAAAUAAUGUCUGUACUUGUCCUGAUGGGUACACAGGCAGAAGAUGUGAAAAAAGUGUGUGUGAGCCAAUGUGUAUGAACGGAGGAAGAUGUGUAAGCCCAAACAUUUGCUCUUGUCCUUCAGGAUGGAGAGGAAAAAGAUGUAACUCUCCAAUCUGUCUUCAGGAAUGUGAGAACGGUGGGGAGUGUAUUGGACCGAGUACCUGUCAUUGUCCUCCACAGUGGGAAGGAAUUCAGUGUCAAACACCUGUGUGCACCCAGAAGUGUCUGUUUGGAGGCAAGUGUGUAUUGCCCAACGUGUGCUCAUGUCGUCCAGGUUAUGCUGGAGUCCUCUGUGGGAAGAAAAUUCAGGUAUGUGUAGAGUUAAGACACCAGAGAUCUGGGAGCUAAUUAACUAGUCCACUCUUGUCCAGUGAAGCAGCAUGAUAUACAUCAAAUGUGUAUUUUGUCUGAUUUCUUCCUUUCAUUCCGCAGCAAGAGAAAAUUAAUGGAAUUCCUAAGAGCUAUUCCAGUAAUUUUUAGGUUCUAAUACCUACAGAAUUUUUCUCAGCACCUAAUGUAAACUUCCUUUGUUUCAAAUUAAGCUGAUUGUCUCCUGCCAUGCAGUAGGAAUUGAUAACUAUCCUCUUGACAAUAACCACUAUUUUCUUUUCCAGCAUGUGGCCCCAUUUUAGGGAAGAGUGUCCUACUGCUGACUUUCGCAGCUUGAACCAAGUCAAGCCCUGAUCUUUUCCCAAUUAGCUACACUGCCAGUCCAUCUCUGUUUUAUACAAGUAUGACUUAUCCCCGAGUGUCACUCAAGAAUAACUUUACUUUUUUGUUUCAGAGGAAAUGAUGGCCAUUUCUCUGUUUUGACAUGCAAUUUUCUGUUGGAUUCCCUUGCUUGAGUGCUGAUGCUCACUCACUGUUAAUUAAACAUUUUGUUACAACUAACUGUUUUGUGGUGUCUGAAGUAAAAGCAUUCUGCUCUUCUUACAUCAUCUGUGGUAUUUCUAUUCUUUUAAUUUCAGUAUAUUUAGACACAUUUCUGGUGCCAGCAGAAUUGAGAGGUGUGGUAGAUAUGUUUCAGAAAUUGAAACAAGGAAGUGUUCAUACAGAUUUUGAAAAUAUGAAACUACAAAUCCUAUAUCAAUGACUGUAAUGUUUGCUAUAUUGAUUUAGCAAAAUGUGACCCAACGGGAGAAAUAAUUUUGAUGUAAAUGUUUUAAUAAAUAUGUCCUGCAUAGAGUUAGUGUAUUUUUAGUCUAGAAAAUAUAUAUUGUUGGUCAGUCAGACAGUGUCGUGUCAUACAUUGAUCACAAUGGCACAUUUUCUUAAUGAAACAGAAAAACAAUAUACACAAGUUUAACUUAAUGUUGUGAUUCUGCAUAUCAGGCCAGCAGAGAUUCAUUAAAAUUGUUUCGUAAACUUUAUCAUAAAAAUGGGUUGCAUCAUUAAAGUCUGGUUUUAAUACUUUUUUCUCUCUCCAAGGUACAAAGACAUCAUGGUUGAAGAAGUGUGGCAAUUCAGUUGCAGUGCUGCAUGGAUGUAUGAGACUUGAAAAUAGCAAAAGGGUUGAAGGCAAUUAUAGAGUUCAUUUAAAUGAAAGGAAUAUUCAGAAGCCUUAUUUUAAAAGAUUCAUAUUAGUCACAAAUGUUGGCAAGCUUCAAAACAACAAUCUUGUAGUCAUUUAUACAUAUGUAUAUUUCUAUAAUUUUUUGCUACCUCAUGUACAAACCCCACAGCUUCUGAUGUCUUCAUUGAAUUCCCAGAUCUGAUAACUGAGCCCAAAAUUCUGCAGUUUGUUGAUGUAGUCAACUGGACUAUGAAAUUUCUUUUGAGGGAACAAGACUGUAGCAGCUGCUGAGUGACUCUAGCAAGGAAGGUAGCACUUCAGCACUUGUGAAUGGUACCUUCUGUUUAUAAACACUGUUUACAUACAUACUAUUUGGCUGCAGACAGAAGAAAAAGCAGAACUGGUUUUUCUUCUUUGUUUUGUAUUUACAUCAGUCUUGUUCUAAUGACAAGCCAAUAGGAAGGAAGGAGGGGAAACUUGAACUGAGGCUGGGCUACUAACAAUGAAGGCAAGGCCUCCUUCUUGUUAACAGUCAGCCAGAUGCAGAAUGACUGAUUUAUCCACGACAAGCCUUUGCAGCCAGAAGCCAGAUUCCAACUUUUCUGUCUUGACUUCAUUACUUACAGUCACAAAUUUGAAUAGCCAGCCUUUGAAUUAUUCCUGUGUCUAUAAGACUUUUAUGCCCCUGAGAUGGAAGUCAGUAAUAUGAGGAAAUUUUGUUCCCAAGCCUCUUAGAGAAAUUUAACAAUGCAUUCAGUAAUGCUGAAUCUUAAAAUAGGAACUAAUAAGAGGAGAAAUUUGUUGUACAUCAUGCCAUCCAUACUCAUCACAUCAGAAAGUAUUUGUAAAGACUUAACAUAGGACUUUUUUCCAUUACCUAUUGCUCCAAUGAACUGUUAGCACCUACCAGCUGCCAGAUAGUUUUUUACAAAAUAAAAUUCCAGUUUUUCUGAAGUUUCCUAUAGAGGACUGCUAUCUUGUCCUAGAGCUGUGAAAGACAUUUCAGUUCCUGCCAUAACAAAGUGAGCUCUGGUAACAGACACAAACAUCCCUUUAGCUAAGACAUUGAAGUUUACUGCUUUGGUUUUUUAAGCCAAAAAUAAACAUCAUGACUUUCUGUUCUCCUGAGCAAUAUUCCGUUUAUAUACUCUAAUUCUGAACAGGAAGAAAAUAGAGGUAAUUUUGCCAUUUACUGCAGUUCUGUGAUGCUGAUUACCAAAUCAUAGCUGUUAGCAGCUCUGUGCCUAGAUUUCUCCUCACCUUUUGAUAGUCUUCUUAAGUCAUCUUGCAAAGUAAGCUGGCAUUUUGAGAGCUUAGCAUCAUUCCAGAAUGAUACCUGAUGGAUUUUCAAGUGCCUGACUGGUGUAUUUUAAAAAUGUCCAAUUUCCCACUUGCAUUUUAAAUUUUAGUGUUUUCAUAGUUUCUUUCAAUCAAGCAUCCACAUGGCUGAUAGCCUGAUGAUCUGGGAACUGUUAUAUUAUUUAAAACUACUCCUCUUGAGCCAUUUCCUUUCUCACAUCUCACAAAGAUGUCGAUGAACAAAACCCGACUAGCUCUCGGAACUGCUGCCUCAGGAUGAUGCUUUGGACCCACAAGUGUCUGAAAAAGUUUUGAAAGUACAAACACACCAAUAUCACAUAAUCUUAUACUGUAAUCACUGCUGUUCCAUGUGUCAGUUAUAGGGGUGCUGUGUGAAAAAGAAAGACAACAUCUGCCUGGAGCACUGCUAAUAGUACUUUGGUUAAUGAGUUUGUGCAAUCCUUCAUUCACAAAACUUAAUCAAUACAUAUAUGUGCAUUUCUAGGAUUUCAGGCACAAU